AUGGCGUCGUUCAAGCACCUUGCGACAGCUCUGGCAGCUUCGCUACCUGUCGCGACAGCUCUAUACCAAAAUGGUUCCACCAUCGCUCCUUGCGACUCCCCAAUUUACUGCCACGGAGAUAUUCUCAAGGAGAUUGAGCUAGCCAGCCCAUUUACAGACUCCAAGACAUUUGUUGACAUGCCGGCGAAAAAGCCACUGUCCGAGAUCCAGGCUGCAUUCGACAAGCUUGAGAAGCCGCUCUCCAAUAACACCGCGCUCAAUGAUUUCCUGAACACUUAUUUCGAUGACGCCGGCGGCGAACUCAAGGCCGUCUCCAAGGACAAACUCAGCACGGAUGCCCAGUUCGUCAACAAACUCAACGACACAGUUAUCAAGGAGUUCGUCAACAAGGUUAUUGACAUUUGGCCCGACCUGACGCGCGAGUAUGCCGGCUCAGCCACCAACUGCACCAAUUGCCCCAACAGUUUCAUUCCCAUCAACAGAACCUUUGUUGUUGCAGGUGGCCGCUUCCGCGAGCCCUAUUACUGGGACUCGUACUGGAUCGUUGAAGGCCUCCUUCGCACGGGCGGCGCAUUCAUCGACAUCACUAAGAACACCAUUGAGAACUUUUUGGACCUUAUUGAACAGUUCGGCUUCGUUCCCAACGGCGCGCGCCUCUACUACCUUAACCGCUCGCAGCCGCCACUGCUAUCUCAGAUGGUCAGUGUCUACAUUAACCACACCAAUGACACCAGCAUUCUGGAGCGGGCGCUGCCGAUUCUUGUCAAGGAGCACGACUUCUUCAUGAGCAACCGCUCAGUUGAUGUGACCGUUGAUAACAAGACAUAUACUCUGAACCAGUACGCCGUGUCCAACACGCAGCCUCGACCAGAGUCGUUCCGCGAGGAUUACAUCACUGCAAACAACAACUCUUACUAUUCUGCGUCCGGCAUCAUCUACCCUGUCAAAAAACCCCUCAAUGAGUCCCAGCAGGCGACUCUCUACUCCAACCUUGCUUCUGGUGCCGAGUCUGGUCUUGAUUACAGCACUGCCAAGUGGUCCAGCAAUCCCCGCGAUUCGACAGAGGACGUUUACUUCCCUCUGCGAUCGCUCAACAUUCUGAACAUUGUCCCUGUCGACCUCAACUCGAUUCUUUACGGCAAUGAGAAGGCAAUUGCUGGUUUCUACAACAUGACAGGCAACUCCAGUGCUGCUGAUAGCUGGGCGAAGAAGGCCGCUGACCGAGCCGAGGCCAUCCACGCUGUCUUCUGGAACGAAACGCUGUUCAGUUACUUUGACUACAAUAAGACGUCAUCGAGCCAGUACAUUUAUAUCCCCAGCGACGCAGAUACCCAGUCAUUUGAGAACACGACUGCGCCUGCGGGUAUGCAGGAGCUCUUCACGGUGACUCAGUUCUACCCCUUCUGGAUGGGAGCCGCCCCAGAGUACAUCAGCAACAACCCGUACGCAAUGAAGAACGCCUACUCGCGCAUCUCCAAGUAUCUCGAUCUCAAGCCGGGCGGCAUCGCGUCGUCGAACCUGCGCACGGGUCAGCAGUGGGACCAGCCCAACGUGUGGCCGCCGCACAUGCACAUCUUGAUGAAGGGCUUGACCAACACCCCGGCCACCUUUGGCAAGGAUGACCCCUCAUGGCAGGAUGUGCACAAUAUUGCUCUGCGCCUCGGCCAGCGCUACCUCGACUCGACGUUCUGCACCUGGUACGCAACCGGCGGCUCGACCUCGGCAACCCCGCAGCUUUCGGGCCUAAGCACUUCGGACGUGGGCAUCAUGUUUGAAAAGUACGAUGACAACAGCACCAACCACGCCGGCGGCGGCGGCGAGUACGAGGUGGUGGAGGGCUUUGGCUGGACCAACGGCGUGCUGCUGUGGGUGGCUGACACCUUUGGCAACGAGCUCACGCGACCAAACUGCGGCAACAUCACCGCCGCCAACGUGCACCCGGGCAAGCGCAGCCUCAGCGCCGUGCAGCUGAGCAGCCGCGAUGCGCAGCGCGUCAAGAAGUUUGGCCGUCGCGCCGAGGGAAAGCUUUGA